GAGUCCCUGGGGAGUGAUGGAGUGUGGGCGAUUCUGUCUGGCAACAUUCAACUGUUCCUCUACAGUCAUCCAUCCAGCCACACGCACCUGUUUCCUCUCCUCCCUCAACCGAUGCACCAUGAGGAAUGUACUUGCAUUACAUGAAGGUUAUUUCUACUACGAGAUGCAGCCCGGCAACAGAACCCUCGGUGACACUACCUGCUUCUCUACAUGUAUGAAGAAAAAUAAUAACUGUAAUGUUUGUGGUCGUCCAAACUGCUGGGGGUCCAAAUGUGAGAAUUUUCCCCAUUAUUGCUGGGACCUACGACCUCUCAAGAAAGGCACCUUACUUCUCUGGUUAAAUACUUCGAAGAUUAUUAAGGUGUCUUGUGAUUACGGCUGGCAGAAGAUAUGGCCGAGCAAACUCCAAAUCCCUAAUAUACAUCUCUUACUGGCAGUGAGAAUUGUCUACAUGAAUGACGAAGUUGUGAAUUCAACCUUCAGCUCUGUAGCAAUGGCGAAUGGUGUACUGAGUGUAGGGGACUAUAUCGAGGGUGUAGCUGGGAACGAGUGGGGGGCGCCAUUCACUAAUCGGACACUCGUUAAAGAAAACAAGCAAUCCACCUGCAAGAGCUUCUUCUAUUCUACAAAUAACUGUGAAGCUCAAGGUGUCAGGAGCGUGGAGGAACAGCUAAAGCUCUACAACGGGACUAUCAAACACCGUGGCUUCAACUGGAUCACUGGCAUCACCUCUAAAGACAGUCUGGAAAUCAAGGAUAUCUCUCUUUGGGUGAAGCCAGCUGAGUGAUGAUGACUGCUGGUGGUGAUGACUCUUGGUGAUGACUGAUGGAUAUGACUUUGUGGUGAUGGACUCUUAGUGAUGGUGAUGACUGCUGGAUAUGACUUUUGGUGGUGAUGACUACUGUUGGUGAUGACUCUUAGUGAUGGUUAUGACUGAUGGAUAUGACUUUUGGUGAUGACUGCUGUUGGUGAUGACUCUUUGAGAUGAAUGCCGCUGGUAAUACCAACUGAUGGUGAUAACUCCUGCUGAUGAUGAGUUUUGGUGGUGAUGACGCCUUGUUGGUGAGGAUUCAUUGUGGUGAUGACUGUUAUUGAUGACCCCUGUUAGUAAAGACUUCUGGUGGUCAUCACUCCUGUUGGUGAUGACUUGAUAAUGAUGACUCCUGCUGGUAAUGACAACUGGAGGUGAUGACUGCUGUUAGUGAUGACAACUGGUGUGAUGAAAUUUAAUAAUGAUGACUACUGGUGGUGAUGAUUGCUGGUGAUGACUCCUGCUGAAGACCAAAAAGGUAUAAUGAUAUAUCUUGUUUAUAUCAUAAUUAUAUACUGUGACGCAGGCUGUUGUCUGUACUGUACUUUAACCACUAAGAUAUUUAAGCACGUGUUCUAUGAAAGUUUGUACACUAGAUAAGCUAUGAACAUUAUGAAAGGUAAUUCUAUUUAACAUAAGCUUGUAUAUGUAGGAUUUGAUUUACAAAAUUGAUCUCUCUCUCUCUCUC